AGGACAGAUGGUUGAAAAACUACCUGUACCUCAUCAUCGUUAAGGGAUAACUUCUGAAGGGUGGGUUUGUACAUCUCAGACUCUCCCUAGGUGGGGUACAGUCUGGCCGUGCCUCUAACAACGCCUAUAGACCUGUGAGGGGGCUGGCAGGGUAGCUGUAGCCCAGGUUUAACCUUUUUUUUGUUUUUGUUUUUCUUCCCCUCUAGUCUCUAUUUCUUAUCAUUUCGUCCAUCCCCUCACCCCCACUCAGAAAAUAAAUAAAUAAAUAGAACUGUUAAGGCAGAAAACUACCGUUUAAGCUCUUCACCUCAGCGAGAACCACUGGGCUGUGACAGGGCGGUGCGAGCCGCCCCUGCUCCAUCCACCGUCCCGCGCCCAGGGCGGGUGCAGAGCCGGGUGCAGCCUCCCCUGAGCGGGAUAAAACCGGCGCCCGCUCCCUUCCUCCCUAUCCCCUCCGCGUUCUCGCUGCUGCUGAUCGGUCCUGCCCUCGCUCGUGGUGCCUGGGAGCCGCUGGAGGCAUAUAGGCCAUAAACUUGGGGUUGGAGCUACAUUAGCAGAUCCUGUGAUGCUUGUGGGAAUCACUAGUUCCUUAAAGAUCAUAAAAGACUUUCUUCAAAAGAACUUAAUAGGGAAGUCUAAGAAGCUGUCUCUUUGCUGGCACAAGGAAGCAGCACUUUUUCCAUGUGGAAAACUUAUUUUUUAAUAAAGGUGCCAGCUAUGAAUGUACCAGUACAGGCUGUGGCAGUGUGGGGCAAAAUUGCUCCCUCUCACAGCAUCACUGCUAUUAUGAUUACAGAUGACCAGCAGACUAUUGUUACAGGAAGUCAAGAGGGACAAAUAUGUCUCUGGGAUCUUUCAUCAGAAUUAAAGAUUUCAUCUAAAGAAAUUCUCUUUGGCCAUACUGCUUCUGUAACUUGUUUGGCAAAAGCAAGAGAAUUUGAGAAACAACCAUACGUAGUAAGUGCUACUGAAAAUGGGGAGAUGUGUGUUUGGAAUGUCGCUAGUGGACAGUGCAUUGAGAACACAAAGCUUCCUUAUAGGCACACAGCAAUCUAUUACUACCAUUGCUCAUUCCGAAUGACAGGUGAAGGCUGGCUUCUUUGUUGUGGAGAAUAUCAAGAUGUUCUUAUUAUUGAUGCUAAAACUUUGGGUGUUCUGCACACUUUGUCUUCUCAGUCUUCUGAUUGGAUAAAUUGUAUGUGUAUUGUUCACUCUGCAAGAAUUCAAGAAGACUCGUUGGUUGCAGUGUCUAUAACUGGAGUUCUGAAAGUAUGGGAGCUAUCUUCAUCUCUGACUAGCAUACAGGAGAGGCAAGAUGUAUGUGAAAAGGAAUCAAAAUCUCUGGACUGUUUAAACUGUCAAGCAAUACGGUUUUGCACUUACACGGAAAGGCUCCUUCUAGUUGUGUCCUCCAUAUGCUGGCAGGUUUAUGAUUAUUGUGACUUCUCCUUGCUGUGUACUGAGUUCAGUAAAAGUGGUCAGUGUUUUGCUGGUGGGGAAGUACUAGCAGCUUACAGACUGAUCAUCUGGACAGAAGAUGGUUACAGUUACAUCUACCAGCUGCUAAACAGUGGGCUUUCUAAAAGCAUAUAUCCUGCAGAUGGGAAGGUGCUGAAAGAAACUGUUUAUCCUCAUUUACUCUGCUUUACUGGUCUGAAGGAAAAUAAGAGUUUUCCUUUUGUUAUGGGCUUUCUGAACGAAAGGAAGGAGCCUUUUUAUAAGAUUCUUUUUUCUGGUGAAGCUUCAGGAAGAAUCACUUUGUGGCAUGUUCCUGAUGUCCCUGCAUCAAUGUUUGAUGGUUCCCCAAAAGAGAUCCCAAUUGCAGCAAUAUGGAGUCUUCAGGAUAACUUUGAUAAAAACCUUUCCAUGUCAGAAGGCAUUAUUGAUCAUCUUUGUGCAUCUAAAUAUGGAAUUGAAAGUGCAGUUGUGACUUCCUCUGUGUACAUACCCAGCCUUGAUAAACUUGUCUGUGGCUGUGAAAAUGGGAAAAUUUUCGUAACACUAGGCUUAAAAACUGCAAGAGCAAGACUUUUAGAAAAUGUGUCUUCGAAAGGUAAUCUGUCUCAUAAAGUUUUGAAUGGUCAUAGUAGCAGAGUUACAUGUUUACUUUAUCCACAUGAUAACUCAGUCAAGUUUGAUCCAAGCUGGCUUCUAUCAGGGGGACAGGAUUCUGUUGUGAUCUGCUGGAAUAUAUUUACUGGAGAAAUCUUGCACCAAUUUAUUCUGCAAGCUGGUACAGUGAUAGAGCUAUUGCGAUCUCCAGAAAACUUCAAAUUUAAAGAUCACAGCAUAGUGUGCUGUGUGUGCAAUGAUCACUCAGUAGCUAUUCUACACCUUCAGAAGAGAGAGUGUCUCCUACAUGCCAGAAAGCAUCUCUUUCCUGUGAAGAAGAUCAAAUUUGACCCCAUUGAAAAUCUGUUGAUUGUUGGAUGUGAAGAUGAUUCAGUGUAUGUUUGGGAAAUUGAAACAGGCACACUGGAACGGCAUGAAACAGGCGAAAUAGCAAAAGCAAUUCUUUCUUCCAUUGAAGAUUCAGAAUACUUAGUGGCAGAUGCUCUACUUCCUAUAUCUCAAGAGUCAAAAAGAAAUAAAAAUCCUGAAUACAAAUCCUCUAGCUCUUAUAAGCUUGGCAUGGUCUCUUAUAAUCUUACUCAUACAGAAAAAUCUUCAGAUAAGAUAAUGGAUAACAGCCUCAUUCGACAGCCCUUUACUGUUUUACCAGUUAAGACAAAAUGGAACAGUGCAAACUUUCAUAUUCUAUUAUUUGAUCUGGAAAAACUUGUGGAACUUCUGCUGUCAUCUCAACUCUGUGGAUUAAAGUCAUCAAAUUCAUUCCACAACCUUGACACUAUAGAAAGAGCCAAAAGUACUACUGAGAAAAGGGCACUGACACUAAAAAGAAAUAAAACUGCUGGUUCCAUAUCAACAGUUGAUGGGCAAGUAGAUGCUCUUUGUGCAAACCAAGUCAGUGGGGAUACUAAUGCAGUUAGAUCUUUGGAAGAAAGUGGUGGCAUAAAAAGACAGAAAAAAAUGAAGAGUUCAAGAAAGAUUAGAAUGCAGUCAUCAGGAAACAUUGAUGUGGACAUCGCCACAGAUACAGCUAAACUGCUUUUGUCAUGUCUCUUACCCUGGGGUGUAGAUGAAGAAAUAGACAAUCUUUGUGUAAGACACCUAGAUAUAUUACGGCUCCAGUGUCCAGUUUCUUUUGGACUUCUGUCAAAUGAAAGUCACAUAUCACUGAUGUUGCCGGGAUGGAAGUGUACUGAUUGUGGUGUGCUAGAAGAACACACAUUGAGUAACUUGUUUUCAAAGAGAGUGUUUGAUUUAUCAAACAAGUACCUUGCUGCAACUGAAGGACAAACUGAAACAAAGGAAGAACCAGUGAAUAAUGCUUAUGGAGCAAAGGGAUCGGAAACAGUUCUUUUCUUAUUUAACAGAAUAGCUUUAAUCAACAGGAUAAUUAACAUGCCUUCAGCAGAUACAAGUGAAAUUGAAAGUUCACCUCGAUCAGAAUUUGUACAUGACAAAUGGAGAAAUAUGGAAGCAGCCAUGUCUUCGUUUUCCAGUUUUUAUGGAGAGUUAUCAAGCAAAACAAGUAAACACCAUUCCCCUGACUUUAGGAGAGUUUCACUGCUGAAACUCAUUUGUUGUUGGAGUGACCAAUCUAUAAAGAUUAUUGAGGCAAUGCAAGCGGUGCUGUUGGCAGAAGUUCAAAGGACUAUGAAAACCUUGAGAAAGACAGCAGUCUACAGAGAACCAUUGGCCAUAGUAGAGAAUGGAAAUGUUAGUGCACUGAAGCAUGACAAGAGCUCAAACUCAGCAAACUUCCAAGAUGUGGAGGAUGUGCCUGACAGAUGUGUCUUGGAAGAGUCUGAGAGUCCAGAUGAUAUGAAGGCACAUCCAUGGAUAUCUAAGGUGUGCUCCUGUAAGGUGUGUUAGAAAAACCCUACUUAGCUGAAAGAAUGAGAAGAUCCCAAAGAGCAGCCAAUAAAUAGGACAUACGUGGCGUGGACAUGGAACAGCUUGCUGUAGCUAUUAUCUUAUACCUUUAAUAAUUAAUUUUCAGAAGAAAUAUCUUUCAUAAGAUCUGCCACUUUUUGCUAAUUUAUUGACUUCAAUUCACACUUUCAUUGUUUAUAGAUUUAUGUUUAUUCAAUUUAAUUUCAAUAGUUCUAACAGAAAAUAUCAAGUCCUUAUUAUAAGAUAUUUUUCAGUAGUUUAAGUAGUGACUCUGUAUCUUACAACAUUGAUUGACCAUAAAACUCUUGCCUUUUAAUAUUCUUUUGCAUACAACUAAUUUAAACAAGCUAAUUCAUUUUUUUCUCUCUCCUUGGCUCUGACUGUUAUUACCAUUAACAUUUUAACACUGAACAAAAAACAAACAGAUUUGAAAAAAAAUCAAGAAUUUUCUAUGAUUUAAAGGAAAAAUAUACAGUUUGAAUUAAUUGUGGAAUAUCUAGAAACAAUAAAGUAAAAUUUUUGCGUGCACAGGACAGCAUGGGUAAUUGAUUUUAAAUCUGGUCUUUUCUAGCAUGUCAAUUUUCCUUUUAUAAAUACUGCCAGCAGUGUCAUCUGAAGAAAUGUAGUGCCAGUAUGAAUAUGGAGAAGCCCAUCUGUGUCCUAUUCUCAAAUGAUGCACUUUGUUGAAUUGUAUUUGUGCUCUUGGGGAAAAACAUUCAAACAUUUUUGUCCUUAUUAAAAAAAAAAAAAAUAGGUUUGGAAAAUACGUGCAGUUGAUUAGACUCAGUAUUAGUCUAUCUCCUAAAGUUCUGAGAAAUUUAUGCUGGCUUGACAAAGAACAGCCACACAGAGUGGUAAACUUUCUGUAUUACCAAUUGUAGGAGCGCUAAUGAAGUCAAAGGGACUUUGUGGAUGUGUUCUGGAUCUGUAUCUUAUGGUGGAAGCCAUCACCUGAUACUAUCCUUCCUAACUGCAAUGUUAGCCAAAAUCUGCCUUAACGAGGAAAAUGAAGAUUUCUUUGGUGUGAAAAGAUUCUCUGGCAAUGAAUCUCUCCUACCUGUGGGGAAAUGUGGCUGCAGGAGUGACAAAACCAGGUUCUUGUUGCCAUACUAUGACAUGAAUUUGGUUAAAUGUGAAACAGACAAGAAUUCUUUUGUUGUUUGUUUUCUUUUUUAUAUCCCAUGACUCUGUAUCUCUAAGCUAUAGUGUAUGAGGUCUUCAGAAAUGUUGAGUUGAAGGGCAUUAUGGGAGUAGUCUUUCAGCUAAAGCAAGCAUUCAGCUUUAGUAUAUUCAGCAUUUAGCAUUCAGCUAAAGUAUAUGUCAUUGACAUGGGCUGCAGCCCAGGAAAAAAUAAAGUUAUUUAAUGUUCUUUUUACAUGCCUUGCAGAAAAUUACAUCUUUCACAGAUUAGUCAAUGUGUUUUCCACAUUUGGUAUUUUUCAGGAAUAGCUUUCUUUAUUCUUAGAAGUCAUUUUCCCAUGUAAACCGUAUCUUUUGUUUAUACAGUCUUGUGUAUGAAUUACCAUGACUAAACAAUCUAGAUGUUGAGUGGAAUGGCUUCAUUCUUUCACUUAGCAUGCUGGAUAUCUGGAGUAAUUUCACAGACUUAUUUAUACUUGCAUAACACAAGUUCUGCACAGCUGAAAGCAGAACGUGCCUUCAGCUGACAUGUAUCCUCUUCUUAAAUUUAUGAUUAAAUUAGAGAUUAAAACAUCAAGAAGGUAAAAAUAAAAUUAAAACUACAACUACAGGAACUUAGUAACAAUACAUGUACCUUGCAGACAGUAAACCAAAUGGACUAUAAGGCAUGGAUUUGCUAUCUGUUUUGCCACACAUCCUUGUCAACACUCACCUCUAUUUUGCUGCAGUACUCUUCCAUUGGCAUUGAAACGUCCAUUUUCCUUCACUACAAACAUUACUACUUUGUAUCAGUUCACUUGGGCCAACUCUGUUCUUAGUGCAAGAGUAGGAAAUCUUAAAACAAUUUCUGCUAGAUAUUUUAAAAACUGAGUGUUCAAUGUGGUUUCAUAGCUCAAGGAAUUGGCAUUGUCCAUAACACCCAGUAUCGCUGUGGUAGCAAUUACAUUUGUGCAACACAAUAUUUGAUUGCUUGUCUUUAAUUCCACAAAGCAGUGCACGUCAGCAGACUGCCAAUACAGACAGCCCUUUGGAAUGAUUUGUGCAGUGAUGAUUGGUGUUUGGCACAUGCUUAUGUGUGCUUUCUGCUAAUUAUAAUUACAGUAUCAGUAAGGUAUGUGUUCUAGGUCUGGCUGGGAUGGAUUUAACUUUCCCCACAGCAGCCUAUAUAGUGCUCUGCUCUGCACUCCUAGCUAGAACAACAUUGAUAUUGCUGCCUAUUUCUGAGCAGUGCUGGCACAGCAUCGAAGCUGUGACUCCAACUCCCCGCCCCAAAAGGCCAGUAGGUUGGGGUGGGCAAGAGGUGUGGAGGAGCACAGCCAGGACAGCUGACCUAAAGGGGUAUUCCAUGCCAUAUAAUGUAAUAUUUAGCAAUAAAAUCCGGGGUGGAAGAAAGAGAAAGGUGGAAUUCUCAUUAUGAAAGUGUUCCCAAGCCCUGAGUUUCUGAGUGUACAGGGGACCUGCUUUCCAAGAACCAGCUGAACAUUGCUUACUGAUGGGAAGUAUAGAAUAAAUUUUCUCCUUUUGCUUCCA